AUGGAUAAUCCUCCCAUGAAAAUUAAUUUCAAGAGCAAAAAGCCACAGCAUCCUGGAGACAAUGAUGAAGAAUAGAAUUAUAGGAAAAACAAUGAAGAUGAAUAAAAAAGUAGUCUCAAGCUGGAAUUAUCGAUCUCACCAUUUAUCUAAGGAUUGAGUAAUGAUGAAUCAAAUAAUAUGGCUAAUGGAACAGAGACAUCAGCAAUUUUAGAUAAAACCUCUUAACCUUAUGAUAAAGGAAUUCAUAAUUCUAAAAGCAUUAUACACAAUGAUGACAUAAAAAUUUCAUUAGAAGAUCUCAAUGAUAGCAAGUUCGAAUCGAAGCAAAUACAUGAAUGUCAGAAUACUUAAGAGGCCACUUUAUUUUCCCUAAAGCAUCUAGACCAGUGUCAUUAAAGAAAGGAAAAAAAUAAAAACUUUAGCAACAGUUAAAACAAAAGCAACAGCAAUGAAAAAUUAACGAAUGGCUUCUUCGAUUUACCUUAAAAUAACAUCUUCAGAGAUGGUGAUUCUAUUAGAAUAGGGGGAGCUAAAAAGAAUCAAGAUUUCAAUGAUAAGAAAUAACCGAUUUUUGAAAUAAAUUCUGAUAUUGAACAACUGUUGAAUAAAUAAGAUCAAGAAUAGCUAAGACUCCCAUCCCCUCCAAAAGGUUUAUUAUUUGAACUUUCGAAGGUUAAAAGCUAGGAAGAACCAUAGUUAGAUAAUUAGGAUCUUGAAAAUUCUAGCUCUCAAGCUAGAUCUAGAGCAUUUACAGCAUUCCCAGAAUAAGUAAAAGAUAUUACGUAAGAUUAAAGGAGGAAGUAACUGAAGUUGCCAAUUCAUGAAAUUCUGAGCCACAACAUUAGGACGAAACUUUUCAAACCUAUUAAUCUCAAAGACGUUGACAAGCUAGAUUCACCUCUUAAUUCAUAAGGAGAUAGUACAAAAUAUUUUGAGAACUAAAUCAAGAAAAAUGUUGGUAAAGCAUUGCUAAUGAAGAUGCAAACAAUGAGGAUGAAAAAUGGUUUAAUGGUGCAAAAAUCAGCAAGUGAAAUUGGUAUAACAGGUUCUUUUAAAAGAGGAGUAUCAAGUAUUAUGAACAUUUUCAAAGUUAAGUAAUCCCCUUAAAAUUAAAAGCCAGAUCAGGAAGAAGGCAAAGUUUCUGAAUUUAAUGGACCUCAAGCCAAGAAUGAUUUGACUAGGUCUAGGAAGAGCAAAAAAGGUAAAGGCAGAAAAAAUGUUUUGAGUGAUGAGAUUUUAAAGACAGAUUUCAUGUCAAAGGACACCACUUUUGAUGGAGAAUAGGAUUAAGAACCAAGAAAAUUCACUAAAAAGGCAUAUGUAAUCUACCCAGGAAGCAAAUUUAAAACUAGAUGGGAUAUCUUGAUUACAUUGCUGCUGCUGUAUACUUGCAUUUAGAGUCCUUAUGCUAUAGCAUUUUUAAAUACCAAUGAACUGAAAUGGAUGAUAGUUAAUACAAUUUUCGAUUGUAUCUUCCUCGCUGAUAUUUUCAUCAACUUCCACUCUGCAUUUUAUGACAAAGAUUUUGAAUUGGUAGAUGAUAGAAGCCUAAUUGCAAGAAAUUAUGUUACAUCUUGGUUUACUAUUGAUUUUCUUUCAAUCAUUCCAUUUGACUAUAUUUAUGAAUCCGGAAGUUACAAUAGACUAGCGAGAGUAGUUAGGAUAGGGAAGAUUUAUAAAAUUGUGAAAAUGACUAGACUUGUAAGAAUGCUAAAGAUUGUAAAAUAAAGAAGCAAAUUCGUCAAGUAUUUAAACCAAUUCUUGUCAAUUGGUGUUGGAUUUGAGAGGUUACUGUUUUUACUUGUUAUUUUCCUAGUGAUGAUAUACACAGGUAAAUUCGACGAAGGUUCUAAAAUAAAUUGGAUAUUUUAAAACGGUUUUUAAGAUUAUGACAAUUACACGCUCUAUAUAACUUCCUUCUACUUUACAGUUACAACAAUUGUUACUGUAGGUUAUGGCGAUAUCCAUGCCUAUAGCAUAGGCGAGAAAUUCAUGUCAAUUUUUCUAAUGAUAAUCGGUGUCAUUUCAUUCUCCUAUGCAACAGGUGCACUAUCUAAUAUUAUUUCAAGCUACGAUGCAACUUAGGCAAAACUGAAAGAAAAGAUGGCAACUCUUGAUGAAUUAAGAGGGAAAUAUGAAAUAAAGCCAGAAUUAUUUGAUGAGAUUAGAAAGACCAUCAAGCACUAUCAUAGUAAAAGCUAUCAUGAUAUUGCUAAAUUCAUGAAUGAACUUCCACAUAAACUCAAAAUUUAGCUUGCAUUUGAAAUUCAUAAAGAAAUCUACAAGGAGAUUGAUUUCUUUAAGAAACAGAAUAUGAAUUUCAUCAUUUGGGUCUGUCCUCUUUUAAGGCCAACUUUAGUGUCUGAAUAAGAAUAUAUCUAUAAGGAAGGAGAUGAUGUUAAAGAAAAAGAAGGAGUAGCGGGUUAUGUUAUUCCUAGAUUUGACAACACUAUAUAUAUAAAAAUAGACAAAGGUGAUCAUUUUGGUCAUAUUGAUUUGGUUUAUGACCCAGAAAUCUUGAACAUUUAAACUAAUAUAAAGAAAAACACCUAAAAAAACAAGGACAUUUUUAGGAGAUUCACAAUACAGGCUAUUAUUAAUUGUGAAUUGCUAAUGCUAUCACUUGAUGAUCUCGAUAAAAUGAAACUAGAAUUCCCUGAAGUGUUUGAUGAUCUCUUUAGCAAUAGUUUAAAAAGGCUUGAAAGGAUCUUAAAACUUAAAAUUGAUGCAAUCAAAUAGAUGGAAAAUGCAAACGAAAUGGGAAAUCAUAAUUCUUAAAUGAAUUCAAAUGUCUUGACUAGAUUACAAUCAGCCUUAAACCUUAAAAUAAUUGUCUCAAAAAAUCAAGCCAUUCAAGAUUAUAAAAACAAAAAGUACAAAAAAAACUUGACGAUAAGAGAUGUGCAGAAAAUAGCCAAGUUUUCAUAGAACUCUGCGUCACUUAAAUAAAUUAAUGAAGAAAAGGAAAGCCAGGUAUCCUCAGAUUUUUCAUUAGAAGAUGGUGAAUAAACUUAGAAAAACGCUGGUGGGCGAAGUGUUUCACCUAAAAAAAGUAGCAAGGAGAUUAACGAUUUCAAAGAUUUUCUGCAGAUUAAAAAGAAAUACAAAAAGUCUAAAGAAACAUAGGAAGAUAAAUAGGAAAAGACGGAUAAUAGUAAACUUCACACAGAGAUUCUUGACUAUAAAGAGAAAGCAUCAGGCUAAGAUAGCUUUACUGGAGACAGUGAUUUAAAUGAGGAGGAAAAUGCUGAAUUCAAUAAUGUUGAUGAAAAGCAUGUAAUUAGGAAGGUGAAAAGAAGAUUCAGUCAUAUAUUUAAUAGAAGGCAAAACAAUUCGGUAGACGUCCUAAGCAGAAGUUUUACUGAGAAGAUAGAUAAACAAAGCAAAAAUACUUAGAAAUUAACUUAUAGAGUAGACGAAAUGGAGAAAAUGAUAAAGAAAAUUUUCAAAACAGUUCAAGAGAUCAACAGCAAUGUUUUGGAAUUAAAGGAUAGCAAAAAUAAAUAGCCUGAUUCAACAAAGAAGAAUUGA